UUAACAUCGUCGUGAUAUAAUAAAUUAUAUUAUAUUACCCAAAUAAUUAUUGUAGUUCACGCAAUAAUAUGAUAACGGUUUGAGUAUGAAUUCAAUUGACGAUAUAUCGAGCACGUGCGAAAACGAUACCGGAUCGUCAUUUCGUAAUAAACAUUCGAUCAGUGCAAAUCGAAAAGAAAAUCUUGAAUACAACUCUGAAUCCGAAUCUGAGUUUGAUAGUGAAAAUGAAACAAUUGACGUGAUUUGUGAAAACAACGACCAUACUAAACCUAUGUUAAGAUCCAAUUCACCUGAUAAUAGUGCAAAUACUAUUUAUUCGUUUAGUAAAAGUUUAUAUGCAAACAAAAUGACAGUGAAAACAAAGGGUAGUUGUGAAAGUGAUCAAAAUAUAAUGUGCGUUAACAAUAUUACAAAUAGUAUUAUAAACGAUAGAGGCAAAAACUUUCUCAUUGAUAGUAUUUUAGGUAACAACAGCAACAAUCCGCAAACUAACGCAAUGAGUGAUAGUGAAGAGGCAGAAGCUGGUGAUGAGCAUAAUGUAUCAUCGACUUCGAACUGUGCAGAGCUCAACGCGUUGAACGGCGCGGAGCUACUGGCCGGGCAUGCCUACGCGCAUUGGCUUGCUACGCAGCAACCCGUGUCUACAUUUUAUGAUGAUAAAAACAGCAGACGGCCAAGAAGAUCAGGUCCUGAAAGGAAGCCGCGUCAAGCGUACAGCGCUAAGCAACUCGAGAGACUCGAAUCAGAAUUCAAACUAGACAAAUAUCUAAGCGUUUCAAAGAGAAUGGAACUCUCCAAAGCGUUGGGACUCACUGAAGUACAAAUCAAGACCUGGUUCCAGAAUCGAAGGACAAAGUGGAAGAAACAACUGACGUCACGUAUAAAGAUUGCUCAACGUCAAGGACUAUUUUCCGGGCAUAUCUUCGGACACACACCCCAAACUUAUUCUCUUCUAAAUCCAUACGCGUACGCGCCACUUAGUUGUGUUUUCACCCCUGUAACAAUACCGUCGUCACCGCCCUAGGUCAUAAAA